AUGUCCUCUCGAUCCGGACGUAAUCCGCCGAUUCCCUCCCACUCCAACCCCGACUUCGGUGGCCUCCUUCCUUCGAUCCCUUCCUCGAGUUUGGCGACAGAGCGUUCUCUCCGCCGGCCGAUCGAACCUCACGAUGCUUCAGCCAUGUCGAAACUAAAUGGUGACCCGAAUAACUCAUACCGCCGCGGUCACCACCGCUCAAUCAGUCAUCCGUUCACCUCGGCGUUGUCGAGUAUUGGCAAGAAGCGUGACAAGGCAGCACCCAAGCACGACAAGUACGACAAAGAAGUCAAGUGGGAUUCAGAUUCAGACUCCGAUGAGAUCACAUACCCGGCUAAACCAAUAUCUUCGAGCCCCCGGAAAGAUUCAACCAAAGCGGGCCCAAGUAAUGGCACCGCCGAAACUAAAUGCGGGACCUGCAACUCGACUGUUCGGUGGCCACAGCAUUUGAACGUGUUUCGAUGUAGUGACUGCCUUAUGAUCACCGAUCUUGAACCGGAUACAGUUAGGGAAGCUAAGAAUGCAGGUGGUCCCGAGGUGGAAGAUCGAGGGCAUCGAAUCCGUGGAGACCGUCCUCCGCACUCUCAUUUAAAUCCAAAGGAGGCUCAUGUUCCAUUUGCCCCUCCCGAAUUUAUGGCUGAAUCACUUGUAUCUGCAAAUCGACUUGGUGGCAUGAUUGAUGGAUGUCUCUCGAAAUAUUUUGAUAGCCUCCUCGAUGGUACUCAGCAUGGACCAGCACCCGAUGAGAACCGCACCGGUAGACUGAAUGUCCCGAUAGAGGAUCCGCGCAGUCGCAGCACAUCGGCUUCCAGUGAACAUGGAAGGAUCUAUGGCACUAAGGAAAAGCCCAAGUUCCUGAUACCACAUAAGGGUAAUUUGGAGGAAAAGCCUUUGCCAGAUUUGCCGAUUAGGGCUCGUGCAAAUUCGGACUUGCGCUCGCAUCCAAGACCCGGCCGUCGCCCCUCUGAUACGCCUGGACCUCCAGAUUCGGGGAGUCCGGACAAAGACGACCAGCUUCGCAUUUUCAAGCGUCUGGAGAACUACAUCAUUGCUGCAUUUAAGGGUAGCAAUGUUAUGAACAACUCUUUCCCCACAUAUCAGCCAUCAAUUCGAUCUGCUAGCAGUGGUAACCCACCGCGAAUGAAGAUGGACCCCAUCAAAGAGGUGGAUCCGAUGUUUAAUGUUCCUGUCUUUGAACCUGAUGCCAAAACUCUCCUUUUGGGAGAUGUGGCCGAGAACUCUACUUGGUGGAUGACGGAAUGGGCACAAGCCGAAGGACAAGUUCACAAGCCCUCCAAAGAACAAGGGUCUCACAGAUCUCGCGCAGUGUCUUCCCGAAGCCCUCGUGUGAACUGGGCAGAAGUCAACCAGUGGUAUCACUUAAUUCUGACGGCCGGUAGCUCUUGGAAUGAACAAUGGACCAAAAAGAAACCUGACCCGAAUCGCUCAGAGGCUGACCGUGUGCGAACCAAGAAAUGGGAAUCAGUUGAUCUAGCAUCUAUCGAGAACGAGAUCACGGAUUCUCGUCUGCACCUCCAACGGACAUUGAUGAAGGCCACCGAAAAUCUUUUGAAACGUCCACGUUCCAUCUUGAAGAAGCCUGAGGAUACUAGGUUCUUGUUCAUACUGCUUGCGAACCCCUUAUUGUCCUCACCAGGUGCAUACUCGCAUGUGCGAAUGACACAGACUUCUAACCGUGACGAUCGUCGUCCUUCAAACCCUAACAAUGUCCGCAGCUCCAACCACCAUUACGGCGUCCUUAAACGAAUCCUCGGAUUACUGGCUAAUCUCCCAAAUGAAGCGCAUCAUACGUUCAUUUCCUGGUUUUCUCGAUUUUCGCCCAAACAAUUCGAAAGGCAUGUGGACCUGAUAGGUGGCUUUGUUAACUAUCGACUUACCCGCCAGCAUGGUCGUAAGCGUACCCAAAUCGCUGGGAACACUAAGGAUGGCGAUGAGCUUGUUCCAAGUUUUGCUAGCGCUGCUGGAAAUACACCGGCCGAGCUGCAUGCUGCCAUUAAUCGACGAAGCCCUCAAAAGAAACCGACCAAGAAGAAAGAGGCACCUAUCAUUUAUGCAGAAGACUGGCAGAUUCGUGCGGCGGCAAGAAUAAUGUCUCUGCUUUUUGCUGCAAACAGCAGUAACUAUUCGCGCAGACCAGAUGGCAUGGAAUCAAAGGCACGCCACCGGACCGAAGCUGGAGCAAACAGCCAAGCACGCCAGCAGGGAUAUAUGGUCUCCAUUGAUUCAUUUUACAACACACUCUUGGACUACUCUGACUUGAUCGGGGACUUUGAAAUUUGGGAGUCAAAAAGCUCGAAAUUCUGCUUCUGCAGGUAUCCUUUCUUCCUCAGCAUCUGGGCAAAGAUUCGGAUCAUGGAGCACGAUGCUCGCCGCCAGAUGGAAGUGAAGGCCCGAGAAGCGUUCUUCAGUAGCAUUCUAAACCAUCAGGCAGUCAGCCAGUAUCUUGUCCUGAAGGUUCGACGGGAAUGUCUUGUCGAGGAUAGUCUUCGUGGAGUGAGCGAGGUGGUGGGAACAGGGCAAGAAGAAAUCAAGAAGGGUCUACGGAUCGAAUUCCUAGGAGAGGAAGGUGUUGACGCUGGUGGCUUGCGGAAAGAAUGGUUCCUCCUGCUGGUACGGGAGGUGUUUGACCCGGACCAUGGUCUUUUCAUCUACGACGAGGACUCGCAGUACUGCUACUUCAACCCUUACUGCUUUGAAUCAUCCGAGCAGUUCUUUUUGGUCGGAGUCCUGCUGGGGCUUGCAAUUUACAAUUCGACCAUCCUUGAUAUCGACUUGCCGCCUUUCGCGUUCCGGAAACUACUGUCGACAGCUCCCCAGACGAAUGCACCGCCAACAGCCAAUUCCCGCCGGACGAGGUUCAAGUUUACGCUGGAGGACCUUGCAGAGUAUCGACCAGCCCUUGCCCGAGGACUUCGUGGCUUGUUGGACUUUGAAGGUGAUGUUGCAGAAACAUUUUGCUACGAUUUUGUUGCCCAAGUUGACCGGUAUGGAGAAGUGGUGAACAUUCCUCUGUGCACAGGGGGCGAGAAGCGAGCAGUGGACAACGAUAACCGUGGCGAGUUCGUUGAACUAUACGUCCACUAUCUUCUUGAAACAGCGGUGGCUCGACAAUUUGAACCGUUCAAGCGUGGCUUCUUCACUGUCUGUGGUGGUAACGCUUUGUCACUUUUCCGACCUGAAGAGAUCGAGCUACUUAUACGAGGCUCGGACGAACCACUUGAUGUGCUGUCUCUACGCGCGGUAGCCACCUACGAUAAUUGGAAGUCUCAUCGACCCGAAUCCCUUCCCGUCGUGCAAUGGUUUUGGGAAUUCUUCGAGGGCGCUCCGCCUGAGGCACAGCGAAAACUCCUUUCAUUUAUUACUGGUAGUGACCGCAUCCCCGCAAUGGGGGCCACAAGCCUCACAAUUAGACUCGCCUGCAUGGGAGAUGAUUGUUCUCGCUAUCCGAUUGCGCGUACCUGCUUCAAUACGCUCGGUUUAUAUCGGUAUACAAACCGGGACAAGUUUAGACGACUGCUCUGGGACGCAGUCGUGAACAGCGAAGGAUUCGGCCUGAAAUGA